AUGUCUUCUCAGCAUGCUGUGCCAGCCACACCUCGAGUCGUCUCGCCGUCGCCCACACCAUCGGACACUCCGAGCAGCAGAAAUGAAUACUUCGCUCCCGUGACGCGCUCAGCAGCUCGGCGACAACGACUGAGCAAUAGCGCUCAGUCAGUUCUCAAAGAGGAUAGUAAUAGCAAUGGAGAUGCAGUUGCACGAAAUACGUCUUCGCAACCUAGGACAACUCCGAGAAGGCGUGGAUCCAAUAGCAACAACACCACGAAAAAGCCCUCGACAUCGCCAGUGGUCAGGUCGCAGCCUCUAAGCGCAAAUGGAAAGCUAUCUCCAAACGGCUACCUUUCUCCGUACGCCAACCUGCAAGACCGCUGGCGGGACUUGUCGCGAUCUCCAUCACCCUUGGGGCUCAUUCCAUUGCAUCAAAACUAUCGCACUUUCAUCCACAAGCAUGAAAUCCCCCGCAAACUGCUACAUGUAUCGAUUGGAUUUGUGACCUUGGAGUUUUUCCGGCGCGGUAUACAAACAUUCGAAAUCACGCCUUGGUUGCUUUCUGCUCUUAUCCCCAUAGCUGCUAUAGACGUGCUCCGACAUCGAUCCGAACGCGUCAAUCAGUUAUAUAUCCGGCUAAUGGGCGCGCUUAUGCGAGAGUCCGAGGUCCGCGGCUAUAAUGGCGUCAUCUGGUAUCUUCUAGGCGCGUACAUUGUGCUGCGUGCCUUUCCCAAGGAUAUCGGUGUCAUGGGUGUCCUGCUGCUGAGUUGGUGCGAUACCGCUGCUUCCACCUUUGGUCGCUUGUAUGGUCGUUACACCAUCCACUUGCGCACUGGAAAGAGUCUAGCUGGCACAGCAGCAGCAUUCCUUACGGGCGUUGUGACCGCCCUCCUCUUCUGGGGCGUGUUUAUCCCCAGCGUUGGACCUUUUCCCAACGACCCCCAAAAUACUUAUAUGUUCACGGGUCAUCUUGAUUACUUCCCGGAAUCCGUCAGGAAUCUGGUUGGUUGGCCAACUGGCACUGGCACUGGCACUGGCAGUAGUGUCAUCACCGGCUCGUUAGCAUUGGGUGUUAUGAGCAUUGUCUCCGGCAUUGUUGCUGCUGGGAGUGAGUUUGUAGACCUGUUUGGAUGGGAUGACAAUUUUACCAUACCCGUUCUGAGCGGCCUUGGGUUCUGGGGGUUUCUUAAGAUUUUCGGUUGA